AAUUCCAUCUCAUCACAAGUCAGAGAACUCUCCUGUCUGGUGGCAUCAUUUACCACAAACCUGCUGAAGUGAGAACAUCAGGGCAAACUAACCUACACGAGUAGAGAAAGAGCAUAUCGACAAACAAAGAUGAUGAAAGGACAAAAAAGUUCCCUCCUUACUGAAAUGGAGCUUGUGAGAAGCAAAAUGAAACUGACCACACAGGAGAGAAAGGAGGAGGCCAGAAGACAAAUGCAUGUAGAGCUGAAAGCAAUGGAGAUGGAGCGCAGAAAAAGAGUUGCUCUGGAGACCAUGGAGAAGUGCAAGAGGGAAAGAGAGGAGAAAGAAAAAGCAACAGAAAGUCUGAGGAGACAGAAAGAAAAAAUUCAGGAGGAGAGGAUGAGGCAGGAGGCCAAACAGAGAGAGGAGACGAGGGCAAAUGAACAAAAGGCCCUGGAGGAAAAAAAACAAGACCAACUGAAGAGGCUUCAGUGGGAAAAGGUGAUGAUGGUGGAGGAGGAGCUGGUCAGAAGGCCCAGGUAUACUUUAAGUGCCCUGAAAAAAGAGCAGAGGCGAGAGGAGGCUGAGCUCUGUCGUCAGCCAAAGGUGGGAGACAAAGCCGGCCCAGAGCGCCUGACCUCUGACCUGAAGGCCGAGGAGCAGGGUAAAAAGAAAACGCUGCACAACAACUGGGUUGGAGAGCAAAGCACUGACAGUGAGCCUGUCAAAGAGAAGUUCCACCCAAACAGCUCCACCUAUCUCCUCUUUGCUGCAAAACCAGGCCCCAAGCCUGAAGAAAAACCAAAAACACCCAAAUCCAAUGAGACCCUGCAAUGGCUGCAGGGGAGACUGAAAGUUGGACACUGGGUUGAUAAGUACCGGGACCAUAGAGCGAGGAAGGAUGAGAAGCGCAAGCGCAAAGCAGAGGAGCAAUAUGCUAAAUGGACUGCCUUCAAGGCGAGCCUUGCGAGCCAAUUCUCCCGGCAGAAUGACUGUUACACUCAAGGAUUUGCUAAUGACAGAAACGGCAUCCUGAAAUCCAUUUUCUAGUUUACUUUGUUUUUGUUAUUUAGCAUAAUAAAAAUGUGUUGAAGUGAAAACA